AUGGCCAGUACGCAGGAGGUUGUUGAAGGAGUUGAGAGGCAAGGCACUGCAGAGACUCAGGAGCCAAGCGAGGAGCAUGGGGCAACGGAAAGCAACAAAGAGGAUGAACCUAUUGGGUCAUUCCCGGGCACGUUGGAAGAACUGCCAACUGUUGCUGCGACAGAGUCAGUCAAAGAAUGUGCAUGCACGGAAAAAAUAGCCCAGCUAGAGAAAGAGCUUGCAGCAGCUAAGGCAUCGGAGAUGGCAAUGAAAGUGGAGCUCGACCACCUUGAACUCAAAUUGAAGGAUCAGACAAGUGAAAUUAAUAUGCUCCGUUGUGAGCUCGCCACAGCACAGGCUAACCUGCUACAGCGUGAAGAAGUGAGUCCUUUUGGGAUUGAACAGUUCAAAGAAAAUGAUGAAGACAUUCAGUUUUACACAGGCCUUCCAAGUUAUAACCACUUUCUGUCUCUACUGGAGUUUCUUGACCCAGGGGAAAAUGGGAAGAAUGUAAGGAGAAAUGAAGGUGCAAGCAGCCUUCCAAACAGUGAACAGGCUGGCAGACCUCAAAAGGUCAGCGUGGAGAACAGACUGUUUCUUGUGCUCGUGAAGCUUAGGCUUGGUGUGUUUCACCGGCACCUUGGGCACCUAUUUGGUGUGUCUGUCAGCACUGUUUCAAGAAUUUUUUCGACAUGGGUUGAUUUUAUCUACUUGCAACUGGGGCAGUUGCCACUUUGUCUCUCACGACAGGCAGUGGACGAGAGCAUGCCACUUGCCUUUCAGGACAUGUACCCAUCAACACGUGUCAUUUUGGACGCCACAGAAAUUAAAUGUGACGUGCCCACAUCAUUUGUCACGCAGUCAGGACUCUACUCUCAUUACAAGUCUGCACACACAUUCAAGGGGCUUGUUGGCAUUUCUCCAAAUGGAACGGUCACUUUUGUUUCUGAACUGUUCACAGGAAGUACGUCAGACAGAGAGUGUGUGCUGAAAAGUGGCUUUUUGAGGCUGCCGUUCGAUGUGGGUGAUUCUAUAAUGGCAGACAAAGGAUUUAGGAUAGCUGACCUGCUACACAGCAAAGGCGUGGCACUGAACAUUCCACCUUUCCUUGUGCGUGACCAGUUCACCCCAGAAGAGGUGCAGGAAACACAAAACAUUGCUGCACUGCGAAUACAUGUGGAGAGAAGAAUUCAACGAAUCAAGGGAUACCAUGUAUUUGACCGCCCAAUUCCAAUUUCCCUGGUGCCACUGGCAAAUCAGAUGUGGACAAUAUGUACCAUCCUUACCAAUUUUCAAGCACCACUUCUAAAGGAUGUGUGUUGUGGAGACUAA